AUGAAAGGUGGCGUUCUCGGCUGGUUAGGCGGCGCGCUCCUGCUCGCGCAGGAUGCCGUUGCCCAAGAGGCAACAUCUGUUGCCGGGAACGAAUUGUCGAGCUGGGUGUUGCGGAGACGGGGCAGCGCGAGCUACGCCUGCAAGUGCUACCCCGGCGACCGCUGCUGGCCCAACAAUACCAAAUGGCAGAAGCUCAACGCCACAGUCGGCGGAAAUCUCCAAGUUAAUAUACCCCCCGGAGCCCCAUGCUACAACAGCUUCAAGGGGCCAUUGGGCGAGGUGAAGACGUACAACAAGGACGAAUGCGACAAGGUGACGUCCAACUGGUACAAUGAACAGUUCCAGAUCGAGUUACCGGCUGCUGGUCUCUGGACCUACUUUACAAACGACACCUGCCGACCAACGACGAACCCGUCUGACACCUGCACCCUAGGUUACUACCCGGUGCUUGUCAUCAUGGCCAAGACCGCUGCCCAUAUCCAGGCUGGCAUCAACUUUGCCCGCGAGAACAACCUGCGGUUGAUUAUCCGUAACACGGGUCACGAUUUCUUGGGCAGGAGCGUCGGCUGGGGCGCUUUGGUCAUUAACACCCACAGCUUCCAGGACAUCAAGUUCACAAAUCAGUAUCGCGGCGCCUGCAACUACAGCGGUUCCGCCGUGACUGUCGGGGCCGGUGUCCAGGCCUUCCAGGUCCUGAAGCAGGCCAACGCCCUGAAACCCCCCAAGAUCAUGGUUACCGGGGAGUGUGCGACGGUUGGUGUUGCCGGCGGUCUCGUUCAAGGCGGCGGCCACGGUCCGUUGACCAACUUCUACGGCUUUCUCGCCGACACGGCGCUCCAGUUCAAGGUCAUCACUGCCGAUGGUGUGCUUAGGACGGCCAACGCCAAGACCAACUCGGACCUCUUUUGGGCCCUCCGGGGCGGCGGCCCGGCCGCGUUCGGCGUCAUCGUCGAGGCCACGUACAAGACCUUUGACGACAAGCCGAGUUCGGGCGUACACCUCGACAUCGACACAAGCCACACGACCAACGCGACGCUCUUUUGGGAGGCAGUGCGCAUCUUCCACGGCUACAGCACCCAUUUUGUCGACAACGGCUUGUACGUCUACUACGAGAUCGGCACUGCUGGGCAGAAUCUGCACGUGCACCCCUUCGUGGGCAUCGGCAAGACGCCAGCCGAGCUGCAGGCGGUGCUCCAGCCCAUGUUCGACGACUUUGCCAAGAUCGGCAUCACUUACACCUCGUCCAGCGCCAACUACAGCACCUUCUACGACCUGUACAACGCCAUGUUCGAGACCGAAGUGGCCGGCAACUCAGCCCUGACGGGCGGGUGGACCAUCGGCCGCAAAGACGUCGAGGACAACCACUCGGCCAUCAUCAAUGCCUUCCAAACCGUCCUCGGCGCAGGCUCCUUCAUGGUCGGCCACAUGUGGAGCGCCGGCCACGGCCUGCCCCAGAACGAGUGGGGCAACAGCGCCGUGAACCCGCGUUUCCGCAACGUCGUCGACAAGCUCAUCACCAUUGUCCCCCUGGCUGGCAACGCGCCCCUCGCUGACAAGGCGGCGGCCCAAGACAAACUGACUAACGUGGUGGAUGCUGCGCUGCGGAAUGCGGCGCCGAAUGGGUGCGCUUAUAUCAAUGAGGCCGACCCCUACGAGCCCAACUGGCAGCAGGCUUUCUGGGGCACCAACUAUCCGGCUCUUCUGAAGAUCAGGCAGAAGUAUGAUCCAAACGGUGUCUUUUAUGCCGUCUCGACCCCGGGCACCGAGAAGUGGGAGCAGAUUGAGACGGGCACGAGGCUCUGCCGCAAGCUCUGA